AUGCACUUCUUCGGCGCACUUUCCACAUUGGUUGCUGCCGGCCUUGUCGCCGCCGCUCCGACUGCCCCCGAAUCAUACAUUGACGUGCGGGCAGAGGAUGAUUACUUCUGGGCCGUGUCGGGAUGGGGCAACCCCACGUGUGAGGGGAGUUUGCUCUGGUCUUACCAGGGCACCGGCUCUUCUUGCAUCAACGUGAGGACCUUUGCGGCGUCUGCGAGUUAUAUCGUCAACCAUGAAAGCCAGCUGGAACUCAUAAACGUCGCCGAAUGUGGUUUCUCGGGGCUGGCGAAAACAGACAACCAACCCAAUAUCACCACUGGCUGCGUCACCGCGCCAGUGAUGUCUUUCAGGAUUUUCCGGCGUUAUUAA